AUAAAACGUAUUAAAGUACGAGGAACGAAUUGCCAACGUCAAAAGGUCGUGGGAGAAGAAGAAAGACGCUGGCUCUGAGCAUGCACCCUCUCACGUCGCGCCGUCUUUUCUUUUUGUUGCUUUAUUUCAGCGCUUGCCGGUCGCAAGAGCUUGGAAGCAGGAUGGAAAAAUUGCUGCUCGUCCGCUCAGCUAGACAGGUGGUCACGGUCACCAAUGACCCGCAGGUGACCCGGCUUGUCGGCCAGGAAAUGAAGUCGGUCACCGUUAAGGAAGGCGCUGUGUCCAUCGUUGUUGACAACGGAGGUUUUAUAGAAUUUAUUGGGUCUGACGAUGAAGUUGCAGAGAAAUAUCGUAACGUCAAAUUUUCAAAGGAAAUCAACGCUUCAAACUAUGUCGUACUGCCCGGUUUUAUUGACACCCACACCCAUCCAGUUUGGGCCGGUGACCGAGUCAACGAAUUUGCAAUGAAGCUCGCCGGUGCAACUUAUUUGGACAUCCACGCGAGCGGCGGUGGAAUUUUCUUCACGGUGGAAAAAACGAAAAACGCCACCGACCAGGAACUCGCAGACUCUUUGGUUGAACGGCUUAGCAAGAUGUUGAGAUCAGGCACCACCACUGUGGAGUGCAAAUCUGGAUACGGGCUUGAUUUGGAAAACGAAAUUCGACUCUUGAAGGUCAUCGAGAGCGUUCGUGGGAAAACUGCCGUUGAUAUUUCCUCAACCUAUUGCGGCGCCCACGCGGUUCCAAAAGGUCUGACUGCCGAGGAAGCGACCAUAGAUAUUUUGGAGAGGCAAAUCCCUGAAUUAAAAAAUCUGAUUGAGACCAAAACGUUGAACGUGGAGAAUAUCGACGUGUUCUGCGAAAAGGGCGUCUUCACCACGGAGCAGAGCAAGAGGAUCCUCGAGGCCGGAAAGCAAAUCGGACUUCGAGUGAAUUUCCACGGAGACGAAUUGUACCCAACGAAAAGCGCCGAGAUGGGAGCAUCAAUUGGGGCGACGGCCAUCAGCCACUUGGAGGAAAUCAGCGAGCAGGGCAUCGCAGACAUGGCUGCUAAUGGAAGCGUGGCUGUAAUUUUGCCUACAACCGCCUACACCAUGCGUCUCAAACCACCCCCAGUCAGGAGAAUGAUCGAGGCAGGGGUGGCUGUGGCCCUUGGCACCGACUUCAACCCUAAUGCCUUUUGCUAUGCCAUGCCCAUGGUGAUGAACUUGGCUUGCGUGACUCUUGGAAUGUCCAUGCCCGAAGCCCUGAUUGCGGCCACUCUGAACGCAGCCGCCUCCCUGGGCAGGAGCAACACGCACGGCUCCAUAACUCGGGGCAAAUUUGCCGACUUUCUUCUCGUCAGGGCCCCCAGGUGGGAGCACAUCAUUUAUCAGAUGGGAGCUCACGAGGAUUUGAUUGAUUUCGUCGUCAAGAAUGGAAAGGUCGUUUUUGAAAAGUGAAAGCGCUUUCAGGUUCAUUAGUUUCUAAUGGUUUUAAUAUCAUUAACCAGGUUUAAAUAAAUCUUAUUUACUUUUGGAAUUAAUAA